AUGGGUUUGAGUUCACUAUUACAUUAUGCUUGGAGUGUGAUUCUAUUGGGGCAACCUAAUUAUGGAGGACUGAAUGCUUCAAACAGUGAUUCCAAAGAAAAACAAAAAGCAUCAUCAGGCUUUCAAAUGCCACUGCAUUACCCUCGUUACCAGAAGGUUGAUUAUGAGAAGAUGGAGGAGUGGAGACUGGAUUUGCUUCUUCAGCAAUAUGGUUUGCUAUUUAAUGGUUUGAGCUUGGAGGAGAAGAGGUACUAUGUGAUGGGUACAUUCUUGUGGCCUUGUCAACUCUAG